AUGACGGAGACUGGUAGCAUGGCACAUGGAGCGCCCGACAGCGAGUCCGAUGGAGUGCUGCCCUGGCGAUGUCUUGUGGCCGUGCUGAUGGUGCUGCUAAUAGUAGCACUACGCCGUGGUGCCAAACGAGGCUACUUUCAAGGCCUUGAGUCUUCCUCGACGCUGCUGGGUGGCGGCUUGAUGCUGUUGACCGCGGUGCUGGCCACUGUGAAUAGAGUUUUGUACAAAGUGGCUCUGGUGCCUUUGGGCGAUUACGUGUUUUUCUUGGCGCAGUUCACCACCUUCGGCUACGUCUUCGCGUACUGGAGCGCCCUGCUCAUCAACCGAAGUCGAGGUGCCGUGUCAGAUGGUCAGUUGAGAUUUGCCAAAGAACGAUGGCAGACCUUCGCAUCCAUCGGCGCGUUGGAAGCAGGUUCGGUACUGCUGGGCAUGUUGAGCGCCAAAAGUUUGCCAGGCGAAAUCCUGCCGGUGCUGUCCAAAUUAUUCCUGGUUUUCCAGAUGAUUUUCUCGCGGCUGCUGCUGCAGCGGAGCUACUCCCAGAGUCAGCUUUCAGGAUGUGCCCUGUGCGUCCUGGGUGUGAUAGCCUCGGCAGGGAGCUCCCUGCGCCUUCGCAGCUUCGGCGCGUCGCCCGCACUGCUCUUCGUGCUCUCCCUGGCGUUGCCGGCGUUGGCUUCGGUGUUGAAGGAGAAACUCUUCGCGGACGCCCGCGCGCAGCUCAAGGAGGAGCUGAACGUUUUCGUGGUAAACACCUUGGGCUCCAGCGGGCAGGCUGUGUGCGUGCUACUGCUUUUGCCAGUGUUGGCCGAACUGCAGGGCGUCGGGGAUAUCGGCGACUAUCUGCAGGAAGGUGCUGAGGCCUUUGGGUCCUCCCCCAUUUGGCCUUGCUUCUACCUGGCUACGAACCUACUCUUCAACGUCAGCGUUCUCACUUUGUUGCGCACGACUUCAGCAGUCUCAGUGUCCCUGGCCAUGGCCCUGGCGGUGCCCAUCACCGCGGUGGCCUUCGCCUCCUGCGACAUUCCGCUGCUGGGGCCGGGGCAGCCCCUGGACAGGUUCUUCGGUUUCGGUCUGAUCUUAAUCAUCGCUGGUCUUUGCCUUUACCAUGGCUGGUUGAAAGGCGCCGUGGGGCAGGUAUCAACUUCCGGCAGCCCAGCCGCAUUGGCUGCGCCUGGCUCGGCGGAGGAGUUGAUCGCCAGCAUUCGCAGAGAGGAAUUUGGCUUUGAAGGUGAGCAGCUCAGUGGAGGAGCUUUGCAGGUCAAGCAGAACGCCCGCCUCGCGCGAGCGCUGAAACGUUUGGCGGGGGAGUUGUAUGGCAGCGAUGUUCAUUGGCAGCUCGAGCUACUUCAGAAUGCGGAUGACAACAUGUACAAGGAGGGCGUGACUCCCAGUGCUGAAUUUUUGCUGCGCGAGAGCAAUGGAGGAGAGGUUCUGUUCCGCUGCAACGAAGUGGGCUUCCGCGAGGCCGACAUCCGAGCCAUUUGUGACAUCGGCAACUCAUCCAAGGUGGGUGUGGCCAAGUAUGGACCCGGCGGUCGCGUGGUAGCCACUGGUGAGAAAGGUUUGGGCUUCAAGGCGGUCUUUGCCCUCACCGACAAGCCAAAGCUCUUCUCUGGACCCUACCGUCUGGAGUUUGAUGCCACGCACCCCAGCGGCAUCGGCUACGUCUUGCCACGCUGGUUGGAGGAGAAGGAAGAUCAGCUGCUGAGGCCAUCCUGGGGCUCCCUCUUGCGACUGCCCUUGCGACCGGAGCUGCACCCACGACGCGAGGAACUCUUCCGUCGCCUGGCCGAAGCCUUGCCCCCGUCGCUGUUGCUCUUCAUGAAGCGCCUGCAGGAGGUGUCCGUCCGUGGGGAGACAGGCGGGACAUCUUCACUUCAUGUGAAGUAUGCGGAGGAGCAACCCACCGGUGCCGAGAACAGGUGGAAGGAGUUCUUUGGUCAAGUGAAGCUGCAGGUCUCCCGUGAUGGAGGUGCCUCCUGGGAGAUGGAACAUUGGUUGCUUCUCCGUCGGCAUGUGAAGGUUCCGGAAGGCUUGGCGAAGCCGGGCAUCGCAGUGAGUCCUCCCAGCACCUUGUUGGAGAUGGCGUUGCCGCUGGACGACCAAGGUGGAUUCCAAGCAGGACGAGGAGCCCAGCAGGUCUUUGCAUUUCUGCCAGUCCGUUCCUACGGUCUGCCCUUUGCACUGCAGGCUGAUUGGGCCGUCUCUUCAUCCAGGGAGGAGAUCUUGUCAGGCUGCGCCUGGAAUGAGUUCCUCAAGGCGGAACUUCCGAACUUGAUCCUGACAUUGGUGUCCUCGGUAACCUCGCUGAAUGCCUCGGAUCCACUGAAGUGGAGCUUCUACAGUGCGGUUCCUGCCGCCACUUCGGCCAGCAACUUCUUCAGGCCUGCAAUCGUUCAGCUGCAGAACAAGUUGCGAGGGGUGGAAUGUAUGCUGACGGAUGAAGACUCCUUCUGUUUGCCGCAAAAAGCCAUCCGUUGUCCUCCAGAGGCGCGGCGGUGUUUGGGACCUGGCAGUCCCUUGCAGCAAGCCUUGCGUAGCCAAGGUUUGCACUUGCUACAUGAGAAGGUGGAAGCCUAUGCACCCGCGGGUUUGCUGGAUAGCUUAGGCGUUUUGCGGCUCAACGCUUCGCAGUUGCUACGUCUUCUGCCAAAUGUGGAGGAUUUCCCCGGCAUGUCCUGGUGGCGCCAACUGCUAGCCCUCCUGGACGAGCUGUUGGACCUGGCGCCCAAGAACGACUUGGCGCGGCUGGUGGAGGUGGCGCGCAAGCUGCCGUUGCUGCCGGUGCAAGGCGCCUCUUUGGAGGUGUCCGAGGGCUUGGUGCUGCCGCCCGAGCAACCCGAGGCCGAAGGCUUUCCACCGGAGCUUCUGGCAGAGCUGCGGGCAGUGGAUUUCAGGUCGGCUUCCAAUAUUAUCAAAGUCGCAGACAAGAUGGUGGAGUUGGGUUUUCUGGCCUUGGGAUACGAGUACCUGGUCAUUGAUGACUGCUGGGCCUCUGACCGCGGCGAGGAUGGUGUGCUGAUCCCUGACCCCGCAGCGUUUCCGGAUGGGAUGAAAGCCGUAGCGGACUAUGUUCACUCCAAGGGCCUAAAGUUCGGCAUCUACACCGACCGUGGCUACUGGACCUGUGCGGGCCGUCCUGGCUCUGCGGAGUUUGAGGAAGUCGACGCCAAAACCUUCGUGCAGUGGGAGGUGGACUAUGUCAAAACGGAUUCCUGCAAUGGCCCGGACUCUUUAGAGGACCAACCAUCUCAUGAGGCCAUCCGGCAGUAUGAACUCUUCCGAGAUGCCCUAAGUGCCAGUGGCCGUCCGGUGUAUUUGGCGCUGUCGGGCUGGCACAACUGGUACAGUCCCUACGGUGCGAGCUUGGCGAACUCUUGGAGGGUGGGCUAUGAUGUGCGAAAUUGGAAGAGUGCCUGGAACUUUGCCAUACGCGUCAAUGCCUUUCUGGCAUCUUUUGCUGGGCCUGGUGGCUGGAAUGACCCAGAUAUGUUGGUUGGUUCCUCGGAGCAGGCGAAAGUGCGCAUGACUCCCCAGCAGUCGCGCACGCAGUUCUCCCUAUGGUCGGUCAUGGCGGCACCGCUGUUGAUUGGAUCUAGCAUGUUAUCCAUGAGUCCACACGAUGUGGAAACUUACAGCAACAAAGAAGUGAUUGCCGUGGAUCAAGACGCCUUGGGAAUUCAGGGCCAGAUUGUUUGGGAGAACUGUCCCUUGCGGAAACGCGCCAACAUCAAGCAGAAGCAGUUCUACGAGGAGAUCCCUAGCUGCCAGCAGGUCUGGGCCCGCCCCUUGAGCGGCGGCAAAUUUGCGGUUGUUCUUCUGAAUUUGAACAAAAUUUCUGCAGAGAUCAACUUCCGCAUCUCCGAUGUGUGCUGGAGUGGGGGGGGUUGUGCGAAGUUCUUUGAAAGCGCGACACUGCGAGAUCUGUGGGCGAAGAAGGACCUGGGAGUCCAGAAUUUCAUCAAAGUCACUCUUCCUCCUGAUGGAGCCUCUCGAAUGUUCAAGUUGAAGCCUGUCUAUCCUCCAGCAUCAAAGGCGUCCAAACCGUCGAAGAACGCAUUGCACAAGGCACAUCAUCGCCACAAAGCGGUGCUGCCUUACCAUGCGCUGCACACGGACACGGUACAUUUCCUGCAGACGUUCACGUUCUGGGACAAAAAAAAGGGGCCGCCCUCAUCGCCAGACAAAGACCACGGAGAUUCGGAGCUGGAAGAAGGUGCAGGUGCGCUGGCAGUGGCACGUGUGAGGAAGUUGCUGCGGCGCUUGAACGUGGCCGCCCUGACGCCCCGGAUGGUGGUGAAGGACAUUUUGGCCCCCCUAUUUGGGAGCGAAGGCCAAGUGCCUCGAGUCAUUGCAGCCUCUGAGGCACCACGGUCUCUGUCUGCAUUGCUGGCCUUGGGCGGUUUCUUAGUCACGCACCGGCACCUGGCGGAUGAGUUGCGCGGCGCGCCGGUGGGGUGGCCAUGUGGAGAGGCGAAGGUUGCCGUGGGACGAGCUUUCGUGGCUCCUGCACUGCAUUCGCCCAGCGCCACAACGUUUCUGGAGGCGGCUAGUGGUGUGUUGGAUCUGACAUUGCCAAGGGUCCCUGGCAACUUGGAGGCUUCGUUGGUGCACCAGGUCCUGGAAGACUUGGGCUUGGCGCUGCCCGGGCCGCGUGUGGUCAGCGACCAGGAGGACUGGAAGAGUGAGGAUUUGGAGUCCUUGUUGUCCGCCAUCGCCAAAGAGACCCGCAUCGCUGAAUCGCGAGGUUUGGCACGUGCCCGUUCUUUGGCCAAGGCGUUAAACUCGGCCUGGAGCCGCUUCCAGCGCUAUGCCUUCCGUCGGAACGACAGCAGCAAGGCCUCUACCUUUCUGCUGACCUUGCAAUCUGGCUGUUGGUUGCCAUCAGAUGGGCCAGAGGCAGCGCUGCAUCGCCCUGGUGAGCUGGUCUGUGGCACCGUGGAGAUUCGCUCGGUCUUCCCGGAUGUGCAGCUGCUGAAAGGACGAAUGUGCGGCGUAGUGGCAGGCGACUUUGCGGAAGCCUUGGGUGUGUUGACCAAACCAACAGUGGAUUUGGCCACCAAGGUGCUGCUGAGCUUUGAACACGCAUCCCCCGUGGCGCCAGAGAGCGCUGUGGCGGUGUACGGUUUCCUGCAGGAGCAAGGUGCUGAUUGGAGCAUGCUGCGCGACAGUCCGUGCAUCGUAGUGGAGCAAGGUCAAGCAGCAGUGAUGCCAUCGGAGGUGGUUUGGGAGGAUCCGCACGAUGCCAUCGACGCGCCAAAGUUGCAGCGGUUGUACAGUGUGUUCAUGGCGGUGACCAAGUGCCUUCACAAGUACAUGUCCACAUUACCCAUGAUGUGGCGCGAUGAUCCCGCUGACAUUUCGUUGUGA